AUGACUCGCAGCUCGGCUCGGGCUCAAUCGGCUCAGAGCCGCCGCGCUGAGCCCGAGCCGCUGACUCCGCGGCAAGGCCGAGCGGCUCGGGGCGAGGGCCGUGACCAAGAGGGCGAGGACCGUGACCAAGAGGGCGAGGACCGUGACCAAGAGGGCGAGGGCCGUGACCAAGAGGGCGAGGGCCGUGACCAAGAGGGCGAGGGCCGUGACCAAGAGGGCGGAGGCCGUGACCAAGAGGGCGAGGGCCGUGACCAAGAGGGCGAGGGCCGUGACCAAGAGGGCGAGGGCCGUGACCAAGAGGGCGGAGGCCGUGGCCAAGAGGGCGAGGGCCGUGACCAAGAGGGCGAGGUCCGUGACCAAGAGGGCGGAGGCCGUGACCAAGAGGGCGAGGGCCGUGACCAAGAGGGCGAGGGCCGUGACCAAGAGGGCGAGGGCCGUGACCAAGAGGGCGGAGGCCGUGACCAAGAGGGCGAGGGCCGUGACCAAGAGGGCGAGGGCCGUGACCAAGAGGGCGGAGGCCGUGACCAAGAGGACGAGGGCCGUGACCAAGAAGGCGAGGGCCGUGACCAAGAAGGUCCUGCCGAGGCCACUCGGCUCAGGGGCGGCGUGCGGGCGACGAGUCGGGGCGGACCCGCGUGGGGGGCCGCGCGGGGCCCCCCUCUGACUGCCGCGCUGCGGGUGGUGCGGGAGGAGGAGGAGGAGACGGCGGGCAGAGCGGGGGGCCGGGGGGGCCCUGGGGACGGGGUGGAGCUGGUGCGGCUGUGCAGGCCGUGUGGGGAGGAGCAGCAGCAGGGCAGCAGCAGCAGUUGUCUGGUGGAGCUGAGCUGCUCCGGCCGCGAACUUUCGGUGGCUGCCGUGAGCCUGGAGAGCGAAGCGCGAACCGUGGAGCUGUACGCCGAGGGGGAGUACGUGGGGAGCGCGCGGGGCCAGCCUCUGCCUGGAGGAGUACAUUGUCCUGACAAUGGUGAAGAAGUGAACCUGUACAAGACACACAUCUGUCUCGAGUUUCCAUCGCCAUCCUGCGAGCUCAAGUUGAUGUCCCUGGGUGACAAGGAGUAUGUGAGGAUCAGAACCCUGACCGUGUUGGUUCGUGAGCGAGGGGCCCUGGGUGGAGCGGUGAUGAUUCCCGGUGUGACGCCCACGGUGGACAUGGACAGGGUGUGCUCCAUGAUGGAGUCGAUGGGAGCAACGCUGUCUCCAGGCGCACAGAGCCUCAUGGGCAUGGUGCAGCAGCAUCAGCAGAAUCGGAAGGCUGCCGGCAGUACACUUCAGGGCAUGCUCAUGGCGGGAUUCUGCUCCCCUCUCGGCGGCGUGGACAUUGCCUCCAUGCUGAAGCUCGGCGUGGCAGCCGCCGCCAACGCAGCGGGCGCGACACGGGGCCCGGCCCUCGAUGGCGCCCUCCCCAGCGAUGCGCUGAUUCGCUCUCUUCACGUGGCUCCGUCAGAAGAUUGCCGCGAGCCGCCGGCACCAGGACACGGGAAUUCUCCAGCUCUUGCAGAAGGCGCCUCGGGAAGUGCGAGGAGUGAGAAUGGCGCUGGCGCUAGCAACGGCACCCGGCCGUCGCCAAACGCCGCACAGGCACCGAGGAGCGAUGCCAACGCGGCCUCGGCAUGCCAGGCCUUGGCGAGCCAUGCACAUAAGCACAGCAGGCAGCGGUGCGUGGAGAGAGAGGAGGGAGAGCCGGUUGAUGCAGAAGCGCCACCGAGAAGCCCUGGUCACUGGGAUGACCCAGAGCGGACACGGGGGGACUCGAGAGACAGCGGCUUGUUGGGGAAGUGGAGCGACGAAGCGAACGUAGGUGCCCGCCCGGUGUUGCAGCACAGGGAGGAUUGCCGUCAGCAAGGACCGCCACCGGCGCCGGGCGGUGGCGCUGGCAGUGCGGAGGACGCACGCUCUCUGGAAAGGCUGCUGCUGGCCCGAGUGGAGGAGUCGGAGAGGAGACUGAUGGGCUUUGUGGAGCUGCGACUGCAGGCCCUGCAGGCCCACAUUGAUGCACAGUUCACGGCCGUUCGCCGGCUCAUCAUAGAGAGCGUUGGUGCGCCCAAGGCAGCCGGAGAGACCCGGAGUGCGGGGUGGGACUCCGUUCCUAAUGAAACAUCUGCCACGGAUUGUGCCACGGAGUCAACACAGUCGUGACUCAGACUGACGGAUGUUUCUACGUAUUGUGUGCAUCCUAAAAAGUAUCAAAGCCAUUGAUUUGCUUUGUGUAUUCCUCCUCCCACAUGUCGACGGGUCACCGGUGAUCUUGACACGUUUUCCCUGCUCAGGUGGCCGCUUGUCUCCAGGACGCCUGUGAGAGCCAGUCGAGGCUACAGGCAUGACUCGGUGGAACAAAGUUGCCGUAUUUUGGGGGAUUAAGGUUUCUAGACCGGUGGACAAAAGCCCACCCCACUGUUGCCAAUGAGGCUAUCCUAGUAUCUUGAGUUCUCGCCUGGUUGAAAAAAUAAACUCGAACUUCACCAA